UGUUGACAUAUCGACUGACCGAUUGUAGUGCGGUAGUUUUUGCAGCACCAUUAGAAAGCAGUCGACAGUGGUUUGACGUGAUAUGUGUUAUUCAACGACUACAAGUUUCAACUAGUUUUGCAACAAAAUGUUGCGACAGAUUUCGCAGACGUUUGUGCGAACACAUAGAACUAUUUACCAGUCAUGCGUAGUCAAUGCAGAAAGCUAUAAAAGUGCCUACAGUGUGGACAAAUUGUAUCCGAACAGCAAUCCAGAUAUCACCGAUGCAGUCGAACCGCCUCAACACAAUAUUGAACCGACAGAACAGUUUGAUGGGCAUAUACCAGUCGAAAAACUCACAGUGAAAUACAGCUGCAGCAGCGGACCAGGUGGCCAGAAUGUCAAUAAAGUUCAUACAAAGGCUGAUGUGAGAUUUCAUGUAGAAUCUGCAGGGUGGUUGCCCACGCACAUACGUCAGAGUAUUCUAGAAAAAAAAAGCACCAAGAUCAACAGCAAAGGUGAAUUGAUGGUGACCUCUGAGAGAACGAGAUCCCAGAUCAGCAACUUCUCGGACUGCCUGCAUAAGAUCCGAGAUAUCAUUGAGGAGGUACAACGGAAACCCAAGGAGCCGUCGGAGAAAGACAAAGCCGUGUUGAGGAUGAGGGUGGAGAAAAUGAACAGAGAGAGAUUACGACAGAAGAAGAUCCACUCAGCCGUUAAGAACGAUCGCAAAGUCAUGUUUGAGUAAUGGAUAAAACAAACCAUGUGGUUGAACUGAUCAAAUAGGAAGAGGCUAAGCAUUCUGAAGAGUGAUGGUGGACUGGAGACAUGGUGGAUGGUAUGGCGUAGCGGUCAGUGGUUCGAAUCCAGCUGCUGGUCAUGUCCUUGGGCAAGCCACUUACCCCAACUUGCUUUUCUGCGCCAAGGAGUAUAAAUGAGAACCAGCAUGGGCUGGGGAGCAACCUGCAAUAGACUUGCAUCCCGUCAAGGGGGAAAGAAAUAUUCUCAGUUGUUUUAUGCCUUGAAAACAGUUUAACAUCAGCAUGACUUUACUUAGACUGGAGAACUGACAAGGAAAUAACUUCACAGGGUUUGAUGGAUACGAUUGAUUGCUACAUGCCACGGCAACAUUUUCUUUCGUGGGAGUUACUCAGACUGGCCAGGUCUACAAGAAGUUUGUAUGGAAUCCAUGCACAAGUACCCGUCUCCCUGAAGGGUUACACUUUGAAAGCAAGGCUGUACUUAUAAACACAUUGCUGCUGGAUGCCUGGCGCUCACGCCUCCACAGAUUUGCGCACAUUCAGAUGGAAGUCAUCAUGCAAGCACACAGAGCUGUUGAGCCAUUUACUGGUCAUGCAUGAAGUCCACAGAAAUAAUUGAAAUUAGAAUCAAAUUUGCAGUGUAAUGCAUUCGCCGGGCAUUUCUACCAAAACAAAAUUAGCAUUUAAUUUUGAAAUUGUGUCUGUCUAACUCUUUGUCAUGCGGAAAUAAAAGCCGUUUCCAUAAGAAA